CAUCUUCUUCCCUCAUUGCUCACAUCCGUCUCCCAUCCUCAUCGUCCCUCGCCAUGGCUACUGAAUUCAAGGACGUCGACAUUGCCGUCAUCGGCGGCUCCGGCCUCUACUCUCUCGAGGGCCUCACCGUCCUUGGCGAAGUCAACCCCCUCACUCCCUGGGGCCAUCCUUCUGACAAGAUCGUGGUCUGCCAGACUCCCCACAACACCAAGAUCGCCUUCCUGGCUCGCCACGGCCGUGGCCACUACGUCAACCCCUCCGAGGUCCCCACUCGUGCCAACAUCGCUGCUCUCAAGCACAUUGGUGCCAAGGUCAUUCUGGCCUUCUCCGCUGUCGGCUCCCUCCAGGAAGAGAUUGCCCCCCGCCACUUUGUCAUCCCCUCGCAGCUGAUCGAUCGCACCCGCGGCAUUCGCCCCUCGACCUACUUUGAGGAUGGUGUCACCGCCCACGUCGGAUUUGCCGAUCCCUUCGAUGCCGAGCUGGCCGAUCUGAUCUACGAUGCCUCGCUCUCGAUCGAGGGCGUGACCUUCCACAAGGACAAGACCCUGGUGUGCAUGGAGGGUCCUGCCUUCUCCACCCGAGCCGAGUCCAACCUGUACCGCUCCUGGGGCUGUGACAUCAUCAACAUGUCGGCCAUCCCCGAGGCCAAGCUGGCCCGCGAGGCCGAGAUCGUCUACCAGAUGAUCUGCAUGUCCACCGACUACGAUUGCUGGAAGACCCACGAAGAGGCCGUCAGCGUCGAGGCCGUCAUUGCCAACCUUGGUGCCAACGCCGACACCGCCCGCAAGCUUCUGCUCAACCUCCUCCCCACCCUCGAGGACAAGGUUGCCAAGGGCGAGCUCAAGUCCAUCGCCACCCUGCAAGGAAGCAACCGCUUUGCCUGCAUCACGGCCAAGGAGAAGCGUAACCCCGAGACCGUCAAGAAGCUCGACUACAUCCUGCCCGGCUACUUCUAAUUGCCUAUGAUCCACAGGCGACAUCAUUUGGCCCGCUACGCGCCCUUGCCCGAUGGUGCACAUCAAAUCGUGACUUGACCCGGUCACAACUCCCCAUUGAACGUAGUUUUAUUUCAUUUCUUCUUUUCUCGAAGCCAGGCAUCAUGCGAUGCAUACAACGUUUCCAAAAUGAAAUGGGACACCCCCGUUUUUAACCAGGACAGUGCUUUUUUCUGGAACCUGAAUACACCCACCCACUCAUCGC